AUGAAACGUACGAUACCGGAUAUAGCCAAAACCCUCGCCGCAGCAUACGCACUCCAGUCUGUCAAGUAUGAAAACAACCAAUCAACUACCAUAGAUAUGAUCAAAGCAGAAAGGCACUUGACUGCACGCCUGUUCAACGUCGAAACGUAUGGUCUCCACAAGUUCUGCGAAGAAGACCUCCUCAAUAUCGAAAUACCACGAGCUGAACCAAGUUCACCUGACAUGGUUGAACUCGAGAACCACAUCGUGGCAUCCAGGUGGAUCGCGGAAAAUGCUAUUCGACAUCCCGGUACCCCAGGACUGAACGAGCGAGAGGUACAGAUCUUGCAAACCAUCACGUGCAAGGGAACAACUGCAGAGCAAGCACAUUUGCUGAGCUGGGGAAAACGCAUCGCCUUGGGUGAUUAUCGUGUCACACCAAUACAAGUCCGAAGUAACCCAUUGCGUGUAUUUCCAUAUCCACAAGAGGUUCCGGCAUGUAUUAAGCGAUUCUUUGCUUGGCGUGACAAGGCACAUACCGAAGGAAUACUCCAUCCACUGGUGCUCGCAUGUCAGGCACAAGUUUAUUUCGUUCAUGUUCAUCCAUUCUUGGAUGGAAAUGGACGGGUGAGCAGAAUGAUCAGUCAUGACUACAUGACUCGUCAAGGCUACCUACCAGCCAUCAUACCACACCUGGACCGCUAUGAUCAUUUACGGAUGAUUAGCAAUGCAUCGGAUGGAAACCCCAGAGAGUUUGUUACAAGCGUCAUCGUGGGCCAGUUGGAUGCGCUCAGGAAGUUUCACCGGCGCAGUAAAUCAUAA